GUGUAGCCUGAAUGUAGUUUCCACUCUCCGGAGCCCAUCAUCGGGCCUUCUUAGCAAAGAUCUCACGAUGGCAAUCUCAGUUGUUCCAGUCCCGUAGGCUCAGAGUUGCCUCUAGUUCCAGAAACUAAAAGGGCAACGUAAAGUGAAGGUUGUUUAUCGUGAAAUAACGUGAAAUAUCGAACUCGACAUUCCAACAGUAUUGAUGUCUCUAUGCUGCUGGCACAAUGCACGAUCUAUGCCUUCCUCUAGUGUGGACGACGCGAGAUUCGAACCGGGACGGCUCAGGGUUCUGGCAGACACCUACCCUCUCCGUGACCCCCUGGGUGACCCGGAUGUGAUCGCCGUGGGGCCGAGUGGACGGGGCGGGGUCAGCUGGGGGUCGAUCAGGGGGGUCAGAGACAGAGACAAGUCACCCAGUACCCGGAGGAUGAGUGCGCUACACAGGAAGAAGAGUCAGAUCUCCGACACUCACCAGUACAGGUUCAAGGAAACGUACACCUGGCAAAACGUGGACCUCAUCGUUCACAACGUUAUCCUCGGCAAACUCUGGAUGGAAUACCGCGGGAACAUCCAGGUGUCCGUCAACAGAGGCACCCACAGCGCGACCUUGACCUUCAAACCGGCUGGCUGGCUGACCAAAGAACAACACCACGUGGAGGGCUUCGUCUACGAGGGCAGGAGAAGAUAAACGUGGAGAAGACGUCACUAGCCACGUUCAACUACGACCUGGCUCAACAGAGGACGCUGUGGACGGUCAACGAACGCCCCGCGGACUCAGCACAGUACUACGAGUUCUCCCGGCUGGCGGUGAGUCUGAACGACAAACUUCCCAACAUGGAGAUGUACCUGCCGCCCACAGACUCACGAUGGAGGCCCGACAUUCGCGCCAUGGAAGAGGGCUUGUUGGAUGGUUCUCGCUGAAAAAGAACCCAGACAGCCGCAAGGACGAGUGGGAGUACGGUCAUCAGUACUGGGACAGAGACUGGACCAACUGCCCCAGUCUAUUCUGAGUCUAUCGCUACUGCCCCAGUCUAUUCUGAGCUGCUCCAGUCUAUUCUGAGUCUAUUGCUACUCUAACCCAGUCUAUUCUACUGCCACAGUCUAUUCUGAGCUGCCCCGGUCUAUUCUGAGCUGCCCUAGUCUAUUCUGUGCUGCUCCAGUCUAUUGUGAACGCAUCACUACUGUCCCAGUCUGUUCUCAGCUGUUCCAGUCUAUUGUGAACGCAUCACUACUGUCCGAGUCUUUUCUGAUCUGCUCCAGUCUAUUGUGAACGCAUUACUACUGCCCCAGUCUAUUCUCAGCUGCUCCAGUCUAUUGUGAACCCAUCACUACUGCCCCAGUCUAUUCUCAGCUGCUCCAGUCUAUUGUGAACCCAUCACUAUUUCCCCAAACUAUUCCGAGCUGUCCUAGUCUGUCCUGAGUCUAUCGCUACUCUGCCCAGGAUGAAAUGUUUACUACAUGAACGGCUUCAACGAAAAGCGGGUGAUAUGACAACAUUGGAAUACGUGAGGGUUUCAAUCUUAAGAGCUUAUAAUAUACACUCAGAACUAGUCAGUUCAACUGUGUUGGACGAAAAAAUAACCAAUCGUGUUGGUCGAAUACUGAUGUUUGACUUCCCGUUCAACUAGCAAUAACAAUAAACCAGCAGUCAAACAGAAAUGGUGUUUUGAGACUACAAGCUUUGGGAAUGUCUACCCUCGUGGUGUCUAGUUUGUAAUAACACUCGGUGCCAGUUUUUCCACUGAAUCCUUCACGACAUACCAUCAUCAUCAUCCGGUGUCUUGCCGACUGGCGUGGGCGAUCGUAGACAUCCACUUCACUCUGUCUUGCGUU